UGAAAGCUAUUUGUAUUGCAUUGGAACAUGUGACACUCUCACAAUCAUCACCAUUUGCACUUGGUUUGGUUUUGUUUCCAUCAUUUUGUUGUUACAGAACUUCAUUGUUAACUUCCCGCUGAUGUUCAUUAGUGGUGGGUUUCAGCCCUUAAUCGUUGAUAACUGUAUUUGUGAAGGCCGGCACACUUUUGACUUUAGAGGGCUUAAGUACCAGAUGUCCUGUUUAGAAUUGGUUAGUCUCAAAGUUGUGUUUAGGUCCAUGUUGUUAGUAAGCGCAUUGUAGACUAAGAAGCAGCAUAGUUUUUGGAUCAGAGGACUUUUACAAAGUAAUUAGAGUUGUUCUAUGUUAUUUUUUAGGGUCUUACAAAGAAGAUUGAUUUUGACUUUCAGCUGCGAGUUGAAGCUUGAAAAAACUUCAGAUAAGUAAUCCAUGUGUAAAUUAUUUCAUUAUUUUUACAAUAAUAAUAUUUUUAGAUGAUAGAUUUUACUUUCCGAAUUCUAGAAUUUCAUAUUGCUGUCCACACUGCGAACAGAGUCUUUUACCAUUACCAGUCAAAUUCCACAUCACUGACUUCUCCAGCUCCCGCUCCCAAAGUCCGGAACCUGACAGCCUAGUCUCCAGUCAACCCUGUCUUUUGCCAACUCCUUAUACUGACGAUAUUAACCGCUGUCAGGUAGAAUGGUAAAUAAAUUUAUUCCACCGAGAGCAACCACUGUCAGGUUAAAGCCCAGAGUCUCAGAUCUCACUACCAACAAUAUGGAAUGCUUUGUUGAUAAAUAGUCUCAAACUACAGCCACACAAGUUCUUCAUUAUCUAUGAGACAGAAAAAUAUCUUGACGAUGCCUUGUCAAAAUUGUUGGUUGGCACUCAAAUUCCAGAAUUGUAAAUAAGAUAAGAACUUCAUCAUUCAUGUAGUCUCUUGUUUGUUUGAUACUAUUGUUUGGCUUCUUUAGAUAGAGAGCUACAGACAGAUUGUUUAUGUGAUUAAAACAAACCAAAAAUUAGAAGAUAGACAAAAAAAAAAUUAAUGGCCGAGCUUGCAGUGCGUUCUGUAGUCCAGAAACUUGGUAAUCUGAUAGUGCAAGAAGCCAUGGAUUUGCAUGGAGUGAGAGAUCAAGUGGAGUGGUUGGAACGAGAAUUGCGGCGAAUGCAGUGCUUCUUAAAGGAUGCAGAUGCAAAGAAGAACAAGGGAGGUAUUGAUGGUGAGAGGGUGAAGAACUGGGUCACAGAGAUGAGAGACGUUGCUUUCGAAGCCGAGGACAUCAUUGACUCUUACAUGGAUUUAAAGCUCCGUGGACAACAAAAGGAUGGCUGCAUUGGUUUCCUUGAACGGUAUAUGUUUAUUCUUGUUGAAUUAAUUGGCCUGCACAAGGUUCAUGUGGAUCUUAAAGGGGUGAAAGUUAGGAUGCAUGAGCUAUCUGAAAGUAGAACAUCAUAUGGAAUUGCUAAUAUAGGUGAAACAAUUGGCACAACUAGUCAAUUUAGAAGCCAAGAUGUGAUCCCUAUAUUGCCUCAAUUGAAUGAGGAAAUUGAUAUUAUUGGUUUUGAUGAUGAGAAGGAAAAGAUUGUGCAGGAGUUGGUCGACAUAACCAAUACAAAUAGGUCAGUAAUCUCUAUAGUCGGUUUUGGUGGCUUGGGAAAGACAACAAUUGCUAAAUCAAUUUAUAAUGAUCCUAAAGUCAGAAAAAAUUUUGACAGACUUGCAUGGGUAAUCAUAUCUCAAGAAUAUAAUAUCCUUGAGAUAGUGAAAAAAAUCUUGUCUGCAGUGUCAAUAACUUCAUCAGGAGACACAAUCGAAAAGCUCUCAGCUAAACUUUUUAAUGAAUUGACAAUUGGCAAAUACUUGGUUGUUCUUGAUGAUGUUUGGGAAGAAAAUGUAUGGGAUCAAUUACAAAAAGUUUUUCCGGAUGUUGAUAAUGGAAGUAGAGUAAUAAUCACCACUCGCUUUUUAAACAUUCCUAAAAUUGCAGAUCCUACCGCCCAACCUCAUGAACUACGUUUCUUAAAUGAAAAUGAAGGCUGGGAGUUGUUCCUUCGAAGGGUCUUCCCAAGACAAAAUAUUGAAACAUGCUGUCCCAUUUAUUUGGUUGAUUCUGCUCGUAAGCUUGUCAAGAGGUGCAAGGGUUUGCCCCUAGCUCUAAUAGUCGUCGGAGGACUUGUGUCAACUAAACCAAAAAACAAAGAUGCAUGGGAGAAAAUUGUAAAGAGCAUGAAAUGGCAAUUUGUAGAAGGUGGAGAAAGAUGUCUAGAAAUACUAGCAUUGAGUUAUAAUGAUUUGCCAUAUUACUUGAAGUCAUGCUUUCUUUAUUUUGGUUGCUUCCCACAGGACAUGGCUAUUCCUGCAAAAACAUUAAUUAGACUGUGGUCAGCGGAAGGUUUCUUACCGACAAAAAAUGGUAAAACAAUAGAAGAAGUUGGAAUGGAUUGUCUAGAGGAGUUGGCACAAAGAUGUAUGAUACAAGUUACCAAGCGAAAAUAUGAUGAUAGUGCAAGCUAUUGCCGAAUCCAUGAUCUCUUGCGUGACAUGUGCAUUUCAGAAGCCAAAGAAAACAGAUAUCUUGAAAUAUACAAGAAUGGCACUGCAAAUUGUGGAACAAAGACAAAUGCAGCUCGACGACUAAUGAUAUGUCAGGAGAUUGAGACUCUAAACUAUUCUAACUCAAAGUUGCGGGGUUUAUUCUACUACAAUGAAUAUAUUUAUAAUACUCUGGCCUUCAAAGCUCUUAAUGAACAGUUUGGUGGAUUUAAAUUAUUAAGGGUGCUUUAUUUGAAUAGUUUGGAUAUGUCAGAAUUUCCAAGUGGAAUCAAAUCAUUAGCUCAUUUGAGAUAUCUUGAGUUGCAUGUUGACAAUCCGAAGGAAGUUCCAUCAUGGAUUGGUCAUCUCCGCAAUCUCCAGACUUUAAUUGUACAUUGUCGAAUGUUUAUAGGAAAGAUAUCAGAUUCACUCUGGACAAUUGAAAAUCUCAAGCAUGUUGAUCUAGGCAUAUCAUCAUCGGUUCCUCCACCAAAUAUGGGAAAUAUUGAAUUGAAGAAUUUGGAGACUUUAAAAUGGGUACCUGCUGGAGAAUGGAUAGGGAAGAUGCUGCCAAAGCUCACAAAUCUACGUCAAUUGAAUAUUACGAACAUCUCUGUUGAUCAUGCUGAUGCACUAUCUUCAUCACUCCAGAAAUUUGUUCAGCUUGCCUCCUUAACCAUACAAGGAGAUGAAAUUCCUUUGGACAAUAUUAUUACAGCCUUUUUCCAAUCAACAUUGCCUCAAGAAAUUGUAUAUUUGGGGAGAAUUCAACUGUAA